UAUUUGACUCCUUCGCCCUGACGUUUAGCUGAGCUAAUCCACAACAAUCCUCUACCUGCGCUCUGUGGGAGUGGGCCACCGUAAGAGUGAACACAAACAAGCUCCUGGAUCGUGGGUCUCGGAUCAGUCGGUCAUGUCAGCAUUAAGUGGAAAGGUCCAGACUGUCCUGGGCCUGGUCGAUCCAGACUUGCUGGGCCGCACCAUGACCCACGAGCACCUGACCAUGAGCUUCGAGUUCAACUACACCCCACCUGCGCCUGGUGACGAGGCGGUGGCGGAGAACCCCUUCCAGAUGCAGCACAUGCACUGGCUCAGGCAGAACCCCUACAGCUGCCGCGAGAACCUGCUCCUGCAGCAGGAGGCCAAGACCUUGGGGGACGAGCUGCUGGCCUUUAAGAAGGCAGGUGGGGGCACGAUAGUGGAGAACACCACGACGGGGAUCGACCGGGACCUGCCUGCCCUCCGGCAGCUGGCCAAGGACACGGGGAUCCACAUCAUAGCUGGAGCGGGGUUCUAUGUGGACUGCACCCACACCGAGGCCACCAGGAGAAUGAGUGUGGARAAGCUCACGGACAUCAUCGUCGGCGAGGUGCUGCACGGGGCCGACGGCACGGACGUCCGCUGCGGCGUGAUCGGCGAGAUCGGCACCGGCUGGCCCAUCACGGAGAGCGAGACGAAGGUGCUGAGGGCCACGGCCCACGCUCAGGCUCAGCUGGGCUGCCCGGUGAUCAUCCAUCCCGGCAGGAAUCCCGCCGCUCCGACCGAGGUGGUUCGGAUUCUCCAGGAGGCCGGCGGUGACAUAAGCAAAACCGUCAUGUCUCACCUGGACAGGACUUUAUUCGACGAAGGCGAGCUGCUUGAGUUUGCAAACUUGGGGAGCUACCUGGAGUAUGACCUGUUCGGAGUGGAGGUGCUGAACUACCCGUUUAACCUGGAAGUGGACAUGCCCAGCGACAGCCAGAGAGUGAAGGCUUUGGCUUUUCUCGUGAAGGAGGGCUACGAGGACAAGCUGCUGAUGGCGCACGACAUCCACACCAAACAUCGCCUGACCAAGUUCGGCGGCCACGGCUACGCUCACAUCCUGAAGAACAUCGUGCCGAAGAUGCUGACGAGGGGCAUCUCACAGCACCAGGUGGACAAAAUCCUUAUCGACAACCCUAAACGCUGGCUGACCUUUAAAUAAACCCCACCCCACAAUCCACCUCCAGAAAGAGCAAGGAAAAAAAAAGGCACAUCAAAAGUGAUUUUAUGGAACUUGAAUUUUAUUUUCAUGUGACUAUUCAACAUCUCACAAUGAACACUUUGAGAUCUUUGCAAUAACAGACUCAUUUAAUAACAAUGAGACAUUGGGUGUCUUAAUCCUUAAUGAAUAAAUGUCUAAUUUUUAUGC